AUGCGCAGCAAGCGGAAAGCAUCGCAAGUGUUUACAACAGCGUCACCCACCAAGCGAAGAGUGCAGUGGAACCACAACUACGUCGUCACCUCCAGCGACGAAGAGGACGCAAGCUCAGACGAUAUUGAAGACGACUCUUCAGACGAAGAGUGGGAAAUUAAGGGUAUUCAGGACGAAAAUCAAUCAGAAUACUUGAUUGAUUGGGUAGGACCUUAUACGCCGACUUGGGAACCGAAAGAAAACGCCAGUGAGUUUGCGAUACAGGUUUGGGAGGAAAAGAAGAGGAAAGCACGACUUGUUUCGGAGUGUUCCUCGGUCCAACCACCUUCGUCGCAAUCGCAAUCACAAUUGCAGCCCCAUAUCUCAGUCUCUAACCAACGCGCCGAGACUCCUGAACAAGAGCUUGCAUUGCAACAACACUUGGACUCUCCGUUGUUUGUUCCGCUCGACACCGUGUCGGGGGCGCAAUCCCAAAACACCAACGAAACCCCACCAUCAAACUUAACUACUGGGAGCGCUAGUCGACCAGCAAAUACAAAGGCUCCAACAUCGGGAAAUUGUGAUAACGUGUUUGAUUACUAUCCGAGAGCGCCUAUUCCGUCGGAAUACUGCCUCCCCGGCGAAUUUGAAGAGCAGCGCGGUUCAGUAACGCAGCACGAAGCUACUACUGGCACAGUGCCCACACCGGAGACCUGGAAUCCGCACCGGACGGAGGAAACUUCCGAUCAUCUUGGGAUAUUUCGACAGACCACGGUUGUGCAGGCUACUCUUCGAUCAGAAAUCCCGGAAACGCCCUCUAUCCCAUUUGCCUUGUCACAGAGCCAAGCCCCGCGGGUAGGCGGUCGAUCAGGGAUAUCUGGCUCGCAAAAAUCGGCUGGUUUAACCGAACUCCCAUUAAGCAAUCUCUCUCUAGAUUACCUAUCCAAUCCGCAUACAUCAGCAGGAAGCCCGAACCCUGCUUUUAAUACUAAUUCUGGCCCCCGACGUGUGUAUCCCCCCUCCAUACAUACAGCUUCUGUACCAGAAUCGGGUCCUGCGAACACGUUACAGCCUUUGAGUACUCUACCUUCACCUACCUAUACCGUGCAAGCAUCCAGCAACACCGUCGGCGUCUCUCAACUUGCACUCGCGCGACAAUCAUCCGCAACACGGAGGUUGUCGCCCUCAGAUAGCCAAUCUCGCCUUCCCCAGCGUACCAUUGGUGGUACGGGCUUUGUACCGAUCCCCAGCACUCCGAAUAGAGGCUUCGUACGCCCUCAUUUCCCACGCACAUCUGAUACGAUGGAUGAUCAAAUCCAGAAAGACGAAGGGGAUUCUCUAGCCCAAGCCAUGGAGAAAUAUAGCCACAUGGAAGGUUCGACACCGCGAGAAAAGAUCAUGAACUUGCAUGCUAGGUUCCGUGAGAAGAGUGCAUUUGAGUCCAUGCAAAAUGACCCGAGUGCGACUCCAUCCUCAGUCGGGGAUAUCGAGGCGUCUGAGCCGCCCUCCAUACCCGAAACAGUUGCGCCCCUCAGUGUUAGGGUGGAUAAGGAGCCCUCACACGCAGAUCUUACCAAAGAAUCAGUGCCCGAAACAACCCUUGACGAGGCAGAGGCUCAGGAACAUGAGCACGAUAACAUCCAGACCGUUCACCCCAGCGCGUUGUCAAUAAGCCACACAGAGGAGAAAUCUCCAGGAUCUCUCCAUCUUGGCCCUUCCGAGUUUGCUGUGCCCCUUCCGAUGGAUUCACGAGUGAAGGAUGACUAUGAACGAAUACUUUUGACGGAUUCGGAAAAUGCUCUGGGGCUCAUUGGCGUUGACAAGUCACAGGGAGCCGAAGAAUCUGAGCAGGAGCCGGUUAUAUCCUUGCUGCAGCAAGUACUGGAACGAUUGAGCAACGCGGCGACCCAUCCUGAUAUAAAUGUUGCACAACAUAUGAAAGACGCCGAAUCGAAACUUGAACAGGAAGCUGCUUGGGCAGAAUAUUCAAGUGCAAAAUUCUUGCUGCUAAACUACCUUAUUAAAGCAGCAGGUGACCAUGAUAUCCAUUUGGUAAUUAUGGUCCGUGGCGAAAAAGCGCAGAGGGUUGUUGAACGCUAUCUUAACGGCAAAGGAUUCAAAUACACACGCUCACGAGAGGAGAUGGGCAGCGGCACCAACGCGGAGGUUUCUAUGGCAAAGGGUUCUCUGAGUUUUGGAGUCCAAGCAGCCCGGAGUGAAGGUAUCGUGGAAACAUACAAAGCUCCGUCGGCAUUGAUUGCGCUUGACUCCUCAUUAAAUAUCAACAACCCCUCUGUGGAGCAUAUGCGCACGACAUUUGCUCGCAAUGGACACCUGCUACCGGUUAUUCGACUCAUGGUCGCCAACUCAAGCGAACAUGUUGAACUAUGUUUUCCCGGCCCUUCAACAACAGAGCACCUUUCUAUGCUCAUCCAGUAUUCACUAGAACUUCGCGAUAUUGUGGGGGAUCUUCAGGAUGAUGCCCUAGGUGUACACGAGGAUGCGAAUGAAAUCAUGACAUGUCUGCUUUCUGACAAUUUCAAUGCAUUUUGGUCGCUACCUUCAGUUGAGCCUCUGCGCGAAGCGCACUUGGAUGGGCCCGCUAAAUCCGAAACGCCUAUCCAAUCUGACGUUGAAAAUGCCAAACCCGCUAACCCCCAGGCCCAAAAACGCUUAUUUGCCGAGGAGUCUAUUGAACCCAGCUCUAAAAGGCCAAGAAUGGAUGAGUCCCAAGAUACGAGUCAAUUCACCGACAGUUCGAAGGGAGCAUCACAAACAUUAGAAAGCCAAAUACAGUUUUUGGAGAAAAGCAUGGUGCAAAAGCAAGGUGAGGAUGCGGCUUCCCUUGAGGCGCUUCAGAAAGCACUAGCUGCAGCUGAGUAUCGCCUACAAGAGAGAGAGAAAAUUCUGGGAUCGCUGCAGCAUCGUUAUGAAUCUCGAACGAAUGAUCUACAUAAGAUUCGACAGGAACGUGACAGGCUGCUUGAAACCAAGUCAGCAUCCGAACAAAGAGUGGAGAAACAGAAAGAAGAUAUCACAAAGCUGAAGGACGAACGUAGUCAACUGAAGCUAGACUUGGAACAAGCACGAGAAGCCCUUAAAAAUGGCGGAGGUGAUAUCGCCGAAUUGGAAAAGGCAAGGGAGGAAACUCGCCGUCUUGCAAAAGAGAAUGCAAGUUUGGAGCGAAAAGCCGACUUCGCCAACAAGCAGGCCGAAUACACUCGAGAGCAAUACCAAACAGCCUCCAACGUCGCCGCCCAGUCUGGGAACGAACUCCGCCAGCUCAAGGAAGAAAACGAGGCGCUCACUCGCAAGGUUGCUGGUGAAGCAUCCCGGUUACGAGAAAUGAACCUAAAGAACGAUGAAAGCCACCAUCUAUCCCGUAUCGCCGAACUAGAAGCAUUAUUGUCAUCGCGCGAGUACCUGCUUCACAAGAAAGAGGACGAGCUCCGCGAAAUCCGCAAAAACCGGCCAUCCACUCGCUCAACGAGCACCCAGCCCAGAAGCCCAAAAUUGACUGCGGGAAAUCACAGCCGCCCGACAAGCCCGGGCCUAAACAACAAUGGCUCAAAUUUCCCGGGUCGUGGCAGCGCGCUCAGAUUCAGCUCUGAGAUGUCUUUAUGA